AUGGUACAGAUGUGACUGUUGCGGUUAACAUUGCGAGGACCGAGGUCGCUCUCCGGAAGGAUGUAUCAUCGCGGCCAUCAAGAUGUAAGAUUCGACUGGAUCAUUCACGUGAUAUGGCCGCCUGUGCUGGAUUAUAGCAUUGCAUCUGAGCAAUGGGCAGCAAUGGAAGCUGCCAUGUCCUCAACUAUCAAACCAAAGAGCUUUAGGUUCAGCCCUGAAAAAGUCGCCCAGGUCAAACAGAGAUGCAAGAAAUCUCUGCCUAUGCUUCAGCCAUCAUCGUUUAUUUCCAGCAAUGAUAUUAUCACUGCAAUUUUGGGAAUCAGUAUCGAUAGAGCCCAGCAUCCGAAGAGAGCAAGCAACAAUGAAAAUGCCGGCGUUACUAUGACAGUCGACCUCCGGGGCCGCGUUCAGCCUCCCCUUCCGGAUACAUAUGUUGGGAACACAGCAUUUCCAGUACAAAACGAUACCCCCCCCCUCUCAAGACCACCAGAUACCAGUUGAAGACGCGCAAGACAGACAUUCUUCGCCUUACACAGGUCGUGCUCCAGCUUAGGAGUAAACUUGCCUCGAUAAACGAAAUCCCGGCGUACAGUGUAUCCGCGUAGGUUGCUAACCAAGAAGACUGGUGUGGCCUUGAAGCAAAGCCAGGGGAUGUAAUUGUGACCAGUUGGAGACACCUUAAGACGUUUAGUCUCGAUUUUGGUGAGGGGCUGGGCAAGAUUUUCGAUUUUGAAGCAGGUAUAACCUUAAUACCCGGGGCGUGUAUUGUCAUGCCGUCGAGGACUCAGGGGGAUGGAUCGAAGGAAGAGUCUACGACGGCUUGGGAAGUUUGUAUUACUAUGAAGCCGGAUGAUUUUGGUGUCCUUGUGGAUGAUCCGUUGUUCAGAGGUAUUGUAGCUUAAAUGUCGACAUAUCA